AUGGCUUCCUUAGUUGCGGAUUACGGAACUUCGUCGGGUUCAGACAGUGAUGGUGAUGACGUAUCGGAUGAUGCUGAUAACAGUUUCAAGGGGGAAGAGGAAGAAGAUGAGGAAGAUGAUGAACCUGGUGAAAAUAAUGAUGACACACAAACUGAAACUGCUUCCAAAGAAAAACUUCCAUUACCUACACCUGAUUUUAAUGGCACACCCACCUUGAAAACUUCCGUCUUCUCUAAUCCAUUUGUUGAAGCUGAAAAAGCUAAAAGUGCUAUACUUGAGAAACAUGUAAAAAUGACUCCAACAUUAGAUGAUACUAAAAUGAUAAAUGGUAGAAAAAUUUGUUGGAACUAUAGGAAAGGUAGAUGUCGAUUUGGUCAUAAUUGUACUUUUGCCCACGACUCAGACUUGCAUAGAACAGCGGCUGAGUUGGAAGCCAUACGAGCUCCGCAAGAAACAAUUAUUUGUCAAACUCAAUAUAAUGGUCAACUUUCCAUAAAUGAUGAAAAUGAUGUCGAUCAAGAGAACAAUCAUACGAAUAAACGUAAAAAAAGACCAGGACUAAGUCAGUCUUUAAUUCCUAGUAAAAAGGUUUUAAAAAUGUACAAAGCCCAACAAACUAAAGCUAUUAGUAGAUAA